AACAUGUAUCAAAAACUCAGCAUGACACUAGCUGUUAUAUUUAAGAGAUAUAUAUUUAAAUUUUGUACUUAAUUCCAUAAACCAUCAAUCCAAAACUGCAUAAAAAGUGAAUAUGUAAUGGCACAAUAAGAGCAAAAACUUUAGGGAUAAAAACAGAGAGAAUAAAAAAAAAAAAAAAAGAAAAGAAAAGAUGACUGUUGCGGAACUGGACUAGAGAGUCAACACGCUACACUCAUACUCACUCAGCUGAGACACCAAGACAGAAGUAGAUGUAGAUUUUUCAUAGAUGAGUUUACUAGUCCAAAACACUCUCAAAUAAUCUUUUUAAACACCUAUUUCAAACCUCAGAGCUGUUGGAAGAAAAUGUUUGUUUUUUUUUGGCUGUGCUUUAGCCGUCAGGUUGGUGUGUUUGGUGCUGAUGAACUGAAGUCAGUGUCAGUGACGGAGGGAGAAUCAGUCCUUCUACAGAUUAACGUUACUGAAAUACAGACAGGUGAUGAGAUAACGUGGACAUUUGGUGCUAACAAGAAUCUAUUAGCUGAAACUGAUGGAGUGACCAUUAAGAUUCCUGAUGAUCUUGAUGAAAGAUUCAGAGACAGACUGAAGCUGGACAAGAAGACUGGAUCUCUGACCAUCACAAACACCAGAACUGAACAUGCUGGAGUUUAUGAAGCUGAUAUCAGCAGCAGCAGCACAGAGACUAAACACAGAUUCACUGUUACUGUCAAUGGUGUGUUUGGUGAUGAACUGAAGUCAGUGAUGGAGGGAGAUUCAGUCACUCUACAGACUAAUGUUGAUGAAAUACAGAAAGAUGAUCUGAUAAAGUGGACAUUCGGAACUAACGGGAGUCUUAUAGCUAAAAUCAUUGGAGAGGUCAGUGACAUCCCUGGUAAUCUUGAUGAGAGUUUCAGGGACAGACUGAAGCUGGACAAGAAGACUGGAUCUCUGAUCAUCACAAACACCAGAACUGAACAUGCUGGAGUUUAUGAAGUUGAGAUCAGCCGCAGGAGCUCAUGGUCUAAACACAGAUUCACUGUUACCGUCAAUGGUGUGUUUGGUGAUGAACUGAAGUCAGUGAUGGAGGGAGAUUCAGUCACUCUACAGACUAAUGUUACUGAAAUACAGAAAGAUGAUCUGAUAAAGUGGACAUUCGGAACUAACAGGAGUCUUAUAGCUAAAAUCAUUGGAGAGGCCAGUGACAUUCCUGGUAAUCUUGAUGAGAGAUUCAGAGGCAAACUGAAGCUGGACAAGAAGACUGGAUCUCUGACCAUCACAAACAUCACAACUGAACAUGCUGGAGUUUAUGAAGUUGAGAUCAGCCGCAGGAGCUCAUCGUCUAAAUACAGAUUCAAUGUUACUGUCAAUGGUGUGUUUGGUGAUGAACUGAAGUCAGUGUCAGUGAUGGAGGGAGAUUCAGUCACUCUACAGACUAAUGUUGAUGAAAUACAGAAAGAUGAUCUGAUAAAGUGGACAUUCGGAACUAACAGGAGUCUUAUAGCUAGAAUCAUUGGAGAGACCAGUGACAUUCCUGGUAAUCUUGAUGAGAGAUUCAGAGGCAAACUGAAGCUGGACAAGAAGACUGGAUCUCUGAUCAUCACAAACACCAGAACUGAACAUGCUGGAGUUUAUGAAGUUGAGAUCAGCCGCAGGAGCUCAUCGUAUAAACACAGAUUCACUGUUACUGUCAAUGGUGUGUUUGGUGAUGAACUGAAGUCAGUGUCAGUGAUGGAGGGAGAUUCAGUCACUCUACAGACUAAUGUUGAUGAAAUACAGAAAGAUGAUCUGAUAAAGUGGACAUUCGGAACUAACAGGACUCUUAUAGCUAGAAUCAUUGGAGAGACCAGUGACAUUCCUGGUAAUCUUGAUGAGAGAUUCAGAGGCAAACUGAAGCUGGACAAGAAGACUGGAUCUCUGAUCAUCACAAACAUCACAACUGAACAUGCUGGAGUUUAUGAAGUUGAGAUCAGCCGCAGGAGCUCAUCGUAUAAACACAGAUUCACUGUUACUGUCAAUGGUGUGUUUGGUGAUGAACUGAAGUCAGUGAUGGAGGGAGAAUCAGUCCUUCUACAGAUUAAUGUUGAUGAAAUACAGAGAAAUGAUCUGAUAAAGUGGACAUUCGGAACUAACAGGACUCUUAUAGCUAAAAUCGUUGGAGAGACCAGUGACAUCCCUGGUAAUCUUGAUGAGAGAUUCAGAGGCAAACUGAAGCUGGACAAGAAGACUGGAUCUCUGAUCAUCACAAACACCAGAACUGAACAUGAUGGAGUUUAUGAAGUUGAGAUCAACCGCAGGAGCUCAUCGUAUAAAUACAGAUUCACUGUUACUGUCAAUGAAUUGCAUGGCCAUUAUUGUGAUUCUGUUGAAGCUGUGCUCUGAUUGGUCGUCACUGCUCUGAUGGGCGUGGCUGCUGCGGCUGCUGCUGUUCUUCUGGUCAAUGACGUCAGAUCUACGAGAGGUAAAAAGGAGGAAACAGAACAGAUGUCAUAAAUAUUGAUAAAUAUUGUGACAUAUAUAUGAGUUUUAAUCGUAAAGAUGAAAAUAUGUGUGGUUUAAUUGUUUAGUAAUGCAAAACGAAGUUGUGUUUACCUAUUCUCUCUUCAGAACUGGUGUAUUGAGGCCAUCUGAUGGCCAAAACGAUAAAUAUUCUUUAACAAUUCAUUUAAUGCAAUCUAUUUUACAUUUCAUUGUUAAUUACAGUUUUCAUUUUUUCUUAAUUUGUUAUUUUACCUUUUUAAUUUUGUUUCAUAAUUGUAUGUAAUGUACAUUCAAAAAUUUAUGAAAAUAAGGGAAAAGAUUUGAGAUUUUGAGAUCAAGUUUGAGAUUGCUUGUUGUCUUUUAUGAUGGAAUGAACUACAAUCCCAUGAUGCAAUAUUUGCCAUGAUUUUUUUUUCUACAAGAAAAUCAAUAUUCACAUAGUAUAACAGUAGUAAAUUUAUCUCUCUCACACGUGUCCCACAUCAGUCCUGCAAAAUCACAUCUACAUCCUGCAACAGAGCGAUAACCAGCUGCUGUUCUUCUGAAUAACAGAAACAGAGCAGAAAACACUGAAUUUAUCCAGUUAAGCAUGUUUUAAAAAGAUUUAAAGUCAACAUUUAAUAUACCUGUGAAUUCUGAACUAUUUUGUUUCUAUUUAUCACUGUAUCUGCUCAAGAGUAUUUUGGAAAGAUUUAAAAAUUAGAAAACUGUGGUUUAUGAUAGAAAUCUGUGUAUUGGAUGUGCAUAAUGUAUUUUUUUUCUCCCUCUGACAACUAAAUAAUGUGAUUACGUUAUCUUGUGGCAUUAUACAAGAUAACAUACAAAAAAAACAAACAAAAAAAAGAUCAGAUAUCAUAAAUAUUGUGAGUUUUAAUCCAGUGAUUUACAUUAAUGCAUUUUCAGACACUUUUUUCUGUGUACUUUGGGUCCAUCUGGUGGCCAAAACCUAAAAUAUUCAUUAAUAUUUCAUUUAAUUGGCAUCCAUUUUAUAUUUCUUUGCCAGUUACAGUUUCUGAAUUUAUGUUUCAUUGCUUUGCAUAUUUUCACUCUGCUUUGUUUUAAUAGUACUCUAUAAAAAAUCAUAUGAUCAAUAAGUUGUAUGACAACAUAUGUUUUUACAUUGCUUUAGCUCAUCAAAAUAAGUUAAGCAAUUUUCAGCUUUUUUUAUUCAACUCAUUUAUUAGUCAGUUUGAUGUCGUUUAAUUUGAAAUGACUUAAACAACCAAGUUGAUUGUACUCACAGAUUACAGUGUACAGAACAACACUGCAAAUGCUUUAGAAACACAAAUGAAGAAAAAUAUUUGUCAUGCCAAUAAAACACCAUAAAAUGUAAAAUGAGAACUGAGCAGCACCUACCCAACUGAUAUACAUCUAUCAAUCAUAUACAAGCCUAUAUUUUUAAUCGAAGGGUUGUAUAACAAUAAAAUAUAAAUUCAGCUGGAAUGAUUCCAGUUUGUCUGUACCAGCUAAAGGUUAUGAUGAUGAAUGAAUAUGAUUAACAUUUCCAUGAAUUUUAAUGAUUGAAUUAAAUAGAAAUACACUAAACACAAUUCAGUAAUAAAAACACCAGCAACAACAUGCCA